AUGGCCAAGAUAAUCCUCGCUAUCAACGCCGGCUCAAGCUCAGUCAAAGUUUCCGUGUUUUCCUAUGAAUCUCCUACGAAAGAACCCAAACAGCUUGCAGAAAUCCAGAUCUCAGGGCUCACAGCACCACCUGCCAAGCUGAAGUACACACGCGGCGAACAUAAGGUCAAGGAUCAAGAAGUCCAAGAAGUCGACUCUCAAGAAAGUGCCUAUGAGUACAUUAUCAAGCACCUGACCGAAGAUCCUGGCCUCCCAGAGCUCCAACACCGCGAUGACAUCGAAUUCGCCUGCCAUCGUGUAGUUCACGGAGGCGACUACGACCGACCUACCAGAAUCGACCGAGACACCUACCACCACAUCGAAAAGCUCUCUGAUCUCGCCCCUCUCCACAACGCUGGCGCUCUAACAAUCGUCCGCGCAGUCCACGCCAACAACGCCAAAGUCAACAACAUCGCCUUCUUCGACUCAGCUUUCCACUCCUCCAUGCCAAGACCCAGCACUACCUACGCCAUUGACCAAAAUAUCGCCCAACACAACAAACUUCGCAAAUACGGCUUCCAUGGAAUCUCCUAUCAAUUCAUCACCCGUUCCGUUGCAUCAUAUCUCCAGAAACCCAAAGACCAACUCAACAUCAUCGCCCUUCAUCUCGGCUCUGGGGCUUCAGCUUGCGCAAUUCAGAAUGGUAAAUCUCUCGAUACAUCAAUGGGCUUGACGCCUUUGGCUGGUUUACCUGGCGCCACUCGAUCCGGCGACGUCGACCCCUCACUAAUAUUCCAUUUCACGCACGAUGCGGGGAAAUUGAGUCCCAGCAGUACGAAGGAUAUGAGUAUCACGCAAGCAGAAGAGAUUCUAAACAAGAAGUCUGGAUGGAGUGUUAUGACGGGCACGACGGAUUUUGGGGUGAUUUCGAAGAAAGCUGAGGAGGGGGAUGAGAAGUGUAAAUUGGCUUUUGAGGUUUUCGUGGAUAGGAUUUUGGGAUUUGUGGGGAGUUAUUAUGUGAAGUUGGGUGGGAAGGUGGAUGCUUUAGUUUUUGCUGGGGGCAUCGGGGAGAAGGGAGGGCAGUUGAGGAAGGCGGUGGUGGAGAGGGCGGCGUGUUUGGGGUUUGAGCUUGAUGGGAAGAAGAAUAAGGCGCCUGGGGAGGAUGUAGUUGUUGAUAUUGGGAGUGAGAAGAGUCGGCAUCGUGUGCUUGUUGUGCAGACCGAUGAGCAGUCGGAGAUGGCGAGACAGUGUGCCAAGCAGGCGGAUCAAUUGAGGAGAAAGUAG